AUGAAUUUCACAUCUGCUUCUAGGAAUGUUACCCUGACAUUCUCUUGUACCAUAGUGGUUGAUGAUCUCGCCAGAACAGUUUUUCUGACUACAACUUUUCUGUGUUUCAUCUUCUUCUUCUACUUUAUCGCCAUCAUGCUGAAGGUCUUCUUCACCACUCCUCACAUGCAGGAGAACCCUCGAUACAUUCUCUUUGUUCACAUGCUCAUCAAUGACACGUUGUUUAUCAUCAUCACAAAUUACAUUGUAGUGGCUUCCAUGUAUUCUGUAUACUUCCCCAUGGCUGUCUGUUUCAUCAUUCAAAGCAUUGCUGGCUGUAUCUUUCUAGUGACCCCAUACAACCUGGCCGUCAUGUCUCUAGAACGUUACAUAGCCAUAUGUUUCCCAUUGAGACACUUACAGUUGUGCACACUAAGGAGAGCAAAAUAUGCAAUUGUCGUGGUUUGGAUCAUAGGGUUGUCUAUAUGUAGUGUAAACUUCAUUACCACUAUGUACUUUGCAGAAAGAAGCUCAUAUUUGAUUUAUGACAUUUGUGCUGCUAUAAAGGUGGUAAGUCCCAUACAAAACAUAGUCAGGACCUUCAACACUAUCCUCAGCUUCACUACGGUGGCCUUGAUCAUUCUAUAUACCUACAUCAAUGUCAUGUUGGUUGCCAGGAAGGUCGGUUCUGGUCGUUCUUCAGCCUUUAAAGCUGGUAAAACUGUGAUGCUCCAUGCCUUCCAACUCAUAUUAUGUCUGUUUGCCUUCAUCUCCACUGUAACCGAGACCUAUGUGAAGAGUUACACAUAUUACUUACUCGUUUUGAACCAUCUUUUGUUUAAGUGUUUCCCCAGAUUCCUCAGUCCGCUGAUCUACGGAGUAAGAGAUGACGCUUUUCUAAAACAUAUAAGAAAAUAUUGUACAAUAACUCGUGUCUGUCGUCCACAGUGA